AUGGGCGACGCCGACGCCCCCAGGGCGCCCGCGACGGCGAGAGGGGGGACCGCGGUCCCGUCAUUCGUCCUCGACGCGAUCUACGGGAAGAAACCGAGCGCGAGCGCGAGCGCGAGGGCGCGCGAGGGCGACGAGACGAGCGAGACGACGAGUAAGUCGGAGGCGUACGACGCGUCGCUUCGCUCGUGGUGGCGCACGUACAGCGAACGGAAGAACGAUGAGGAUGAAGAACACGUCGCGGAUUCGUUGCUGUACGAUUACAGACAUCUGCCGAGGACGACGCCGGCGCCGAAUUACUCGGAGGACCGGUUGAAGCCGGCGGAGCCGGACCCGAGAAGGACGGGACGAGGCGAGGGUGAGAAAUAG